GGCACCGGCACCGGGCGGGAUGGCCCGGGGUGCGCUCCGCCUGCUCUGCUGCGCCGCUGCCCUGCUCGCUGCCGCAGGUGUGGAGCCAGGACGUGGCACUGAUCCUGUCCCCACAGCGUCUCAGAACAGCUCAGGGACAGCCCUGUCACCGUCUCCAUCCCCUUCAGCCGCCAGCCAGGGCACUCCGAGUGUGAGUCCAUCUGGCCCUGACCCAGGAACAGUCAGUGCAGCUCCAUCCAACCAAACCACGGCACCAACCCCACCCAGCACCUCGGGGUCAGCAGCAUCUUCAACAUCUGCAUCCAGCAGCACCACAGCACCAGCCCCUUCCAGCACCUCGGGGUCAAAAACACCUCCAUCAUCUGCACCCAGUACCACCAUACCAACUCCAUCAUCUGCCCCCAGCAUCACCGCACCAGCUCCAUCAUCUGCACCCAGUACCACCAUACCAACUCCAUCAUCUGCAUCUAGCAUCACCACACCAACACCUCCAUCAUCUGCACCCAGUACCACCAUACCAACUCCAUCAUCUCCACCCAGCACCACAACACCAACAACUCCAUCCAAGACCUCGGGAUCAACACCUCCAUUAUCUUCAUCCAACACCACCACAGCAGCAUCUUCAACCAGGACACUGGGAUCAACUGCACCUUUGACACCCUCAUCCAGUGCCACCACGGCACCAACUCCAUCCCACACGAGUGUGUCCAGACCCACAGAGCAUCCAUCCAAGCCAGCCCCCUCUGGGCCUGCUUCUCCCCCCACAGCCACCAUGAGCUGGGGUCCCAGCGCUGUCACCACCACCUCCAGAAGGACAGCAGCCACUGGGAGCUCCGAGCAGCACCCCACUGAGCUGAGCCCUGGCGUGGUCGUUGUCACCUCCCUCGCCGUCUGCCUGCUGGUGGCGGCGGGGGCCGUGCUGCUGGUGCGGCUGUGCCGGCGCGGGACCCCCCCCUUCCAGCACCUGGAUGAGGUGCCCAUGAGCAAAGUGACGGAGGGGUCCCCUGUGACCCCCCGCUCCCCCCGCUGACCCCCCGGC